GGACACGUGUACAUUUAUAAUCUCUAUAAAUAGCACCAUCAUCAAACAAUAAACAUUACGUUAUUCAUUAUUAUAAUUUUCACCCGCCGCUAAUACCAUGGCCAUGUCCUUUCCGCCGCCCACCGGCAAGGUUUCGUGCACACAUCCAGGAACUUUUGGCGACAUGUGUAUUUGCUGUGGACAAAGGUUAGCCGAAGAAACUGGCGUCAGCUUUAGGUACAUUCACAAGGGUUUAAGGCUCUGUAACGACGAAAUUGCGAGAUUACGUGACAAUGAUUUAAAGAAUUUGCUACGACAUAAGAAGCUCUACUUGGUGCUUGAUCUUGACCAUACUCUGCUUAAUUCUACUCAGUUUAUGCAACUGACUCCAGAGGAAGAUUACUUGCAAAAUAGUUCAAAUGACAGCCUCUUCAAAUUGGAUUGCAUGAACACGAUGACGAAAUUAAGGCCGUUUGUACGAGAGUUUCUUAAAGAAGCGAGUCAGAUGUUUGAGAUGUACAUAUACACAAUGGGCGACGGAUUAUACGCGAAGCAAAUGGCGAAGCUUCUUGACCCGGGAGGUGACUACUUCGACGGCAGAAUUAUAUCUCGGGACGACGGAACGGAGCGGAAUCGGAAAGGCCUCGACAUUGUGCUAGGGCAAGAAAAUGCGGUAUUAAUCUUGGACGAUACUGAGAAAGCGUGGACAACAAGGCAUACGGAAAAUUUAAUACUGAUGGAAAGAUAUCAUUAUUUUGCGUCGAGCUGUUCGCAAUUUGGAUUCAAUUGUAAGUCUCUGUCGCAAAUUCAGAGCGACGAGAGUGAGUCUGACGGAGCACUGGCCUCUACUCUCAGGGUUUUAAAGAAAGUUCACCGUAUGUUCUUUGAGGAGAUGGUGGAUGAUGAUGAUGUUAAUGGCCGAGAUGUGAGACGGGUAUUGUGUACUGUUCGUAAAGAUGUGCUGAAGGGAUGUAAAAUUGUGUUUAGUAGAGUGUUUCCUACGCACUUUCAAGCUGAGAAUCACCGUCUCUGGAAAAUGGCUCAGAAUUUGGGCGCUGUUUGCUGUACAGAACGUGACUCGUCGGUAACUCAUGUGGUGUCGGCCGAAUCUGGAACAGAGAAGUCUCGUUGGGCUCGGAAGACGGGCAGAUUUUUGGUUGAUCCGCGGUGGAUUGAAGCUUCGAAUUAUUUCUGGCAGAGGCAACCGGAAGAUAACUUUCCUGUCAAGCAAUAGUUCAAC